ACUGCGAUACUUGCAACUCUUUCUUUGCAUAGUGCCUCUGAGUUCUUCCUUGCCACUCUUGGCGUCGACCAACCUCUCUCAUUCAAAUCUCCGAAAAUGCUGAAGGGGAGUCUUCUUAAGACCGUAAUCAAAUCCAACCAUAUAGUUCGGAUUGUUCAUCAAAACCAAGGAUUAGCAUCGAUUCUUCGUGAUUCGCUGAGACGUUUUUCAACCGAAGCUGAGGAGCCGGGUCUGGGCGCAUCCAGUGAUUCAUUUCUUGAAGUUCCAAACACAGGUUUGGUGUAUGGGAGAUUGACUGGUAUUGCAAGAAAUACGACCAAGAGUGAUAUUGUCAAUUUGUUAGAAGGGUGUAAUUUGACUAUGGAUGAUGUCAAAGUCGAUUACAAUCGAGCUUACUCCCCAGUGGCAAUGAUGGUUCAAUUUCCUUCUAGGUCUGCCUAUGAUGCUGCUAUUAGGGCAAUUGGUAGAAAGGGUCGCUUGUACAAACUGGAGAGGAUACCUAACCAUUCCCAAUGGGAUCUCAUUGUACCAUAUGAUGGAAAAGCUAUUUUACUGCAAGGAAUCCCUCGCAAUGCACUUCAAGAUGAUGUAGAGCGCUUCCUUUAUGGUUGCCAGUAUGAUGCUACCUCCAUCCAGAUGUUCGUCAGGCCGGCAUCCUCGGGCCCCAUUAAAAUGGCACUUGCACGCUUUCCCUCAAAGACCCAGGCGAUGCAUGCAUUUCUGACCAAGAACAGAGGCUUCUGUCUCAACAAUCAAAUCUCGAUGCGAGUUCUCCAGUGAUUUUUUAUUAUCCCUUAAACUUAGUUCUUAUUGGGACAAUCUCUGAGAUAUAAAUUGAGGUUAGGACUUGUAGUAGUACUCUAUAUCACCUACAUGAUUAUGUGCCUCGACACACUCCAUAGUACACUUUGAGUUUUUCUGAGUUGAUGAGAGUAUUUUGAUGUUCACAAUUGAGAGCUUGUUUAGGUAUUUUGCACACCGAAGGAUAUGCAAAAUGACUCUACGCUUUACCUUCUAAUGUUUAAUGCAGUCAAUAGUUGCAUAUUAUUGGCGAAAUAGCCCAGCAAUACACAGUAACUGCCUUCCUA